AUGAGUUCAUUAAUUGAAAUAGUGACGUCGCUGUUACCCUUUGCCGUUCCCUUAUCGACUAACUUACGCUCACCGUCACAAACGACAACCACUACCACGGUCGCCACGCCUGUUUCCAAACAGCCUGAAGCCAGUCAAACCACUGUUUCCGGAAACAGUGGUGGAUUCAACCAAGGCUCAUUUGUAGGUAAUACACCGCUGACGGUGCUUUUUUUCCUUGCCUUAGCAGUUGGUGGAGUUAUUGCCAGUCUCUUUUUAUUCUUCACGUUACGGUACUUUGUUCGGUCCAGAUAUGGGAUGCACAUUUAUCCGUUAACGUAUGGACUUUUGUUCCAAGGUCCCAGCGGUCGUCGGGGGUAUCAGUCUUCAGUUAUAGAUUAUACGGACGAGGAGUUGGUAUUUAUGUCUCGACUGCAUUUCAUUCAUGCGGACCUUUGGGAGCGAAGACUCUUUGAACGGCGAAGAAGAAGAAGAAGAGGCGGUAGAUUCUCAAGAAUGGCGAAAUUGACUGAACAACAAGUGGAAAACUUGUUCCCGAAAAAGGCUUAUAAGGAUUGGUUGAAUAGUGGGAAAGAUACUCUGAAGAAUCAUUUGAAUGGGAUUUUACAUGAAGAAAAGGAAGAUCUGGAAUCUCCAACUGUUGGAACUCAAACCCUGGAUACUCCUGAGGGUCUUGCAACUGUUGCCAGUAGUAGUGCUAACAAUAUGAAACGAAGAUCUGCAGUGAUUGAUGAAAGUGCUUUGACUCUGGAAGAACUUGAUCUUGGAGAAAUUAACAUGAUCGCACUGUCUUCCAAGAACGAAACAACUAAUGAAUCUGGCAAUGACAUUGAAAUGCUGGAAUUGCAUUUUUCAAGUGGCUCAUGUGCCAUUUGUCUCGAACUAUAUGAUGAUGAUGACGAAGUUAGAGGUUUAAUAUGCGGUCAUGUUUUCCAUUCAGAUUGUCUUGAUCCUUGGUUGACGAAACGGAGAGCUUGUUGUCCUAUGUGUAAGCGUGACUACUUUUAUAAUGGUGAUGCCGAAGGUACAAACGAAGAAGCCGAAAGUCAUACUCGCAGAGGUGACAGGUCGACUAAUAAUGCGGACAAUAAUGAAAUUAAUAGCAAUAGAGGUGCCAAUACUGCUGGCAAUGGAGGCAAUAAUGACACCACUACGCCUACCACUACUGCCAAUAAUAAUAACGAAGAAGAAGAUACACCUGUGUUUGACAUUGAAUUGGUACGAAACGAUCCAACUCUCCGUUCGAUUCUUCAACAAUUGAUUUCGACCGAAGAACGUGCAAGAAUGAUUUUGGCAGACGAAAAUAUUCAGCGAACGGAUAUUGAAGCUAGGGCGAACGUAGUGGCAGACAAGAAAUAUUUACCACUUUACAAACGGGUGUGGUGGAAAUUAAUGGGUAUUAAGCAUCUGGAUUUAUUCAAUUGGACAGUUGUUCGUUUAUACCAUGAAUACAGAGAGAGUAAUCCCAUUCCUGAUCCCAUUGCUGCAGCAAGAAAUGGUACUGCGACAAACGAUGCUAAUACCGCGACGAACGAUUCUAAUGGUAGCACAACAAACGAUUCUAAUGGUACUGCGACAGACGGUGCUAAUAGUACGACUAACUAUGGUUCUAGGACCAGCGAUAACGUUACUGCGACUAACAAUACUAAUCAGACAGAAAGUGGUACCACGACAAAUGCUGCAAGUGGGACUACAAAUUACUCAACAGCGACCUCAGCCAAUAAUUCUACGAUGAAUAUCUCACCACAACAUUUGGAAGUUGAUCUUUCGGAUGCAAGUAACACACCUGGGCCCAAUUGA